AUGGUGACCUCAGAAGAAGACCAGAUGACCGAGAACUCAUAUGUAUCUGAUUCCGGUGGUUCAGAUGAGGAAAAACCUGAGGUUCAAGACCGUGCGCCUAAACGACGUCGUCUCUCAGAGUCCUCCACCGAUUCAUAUGUUGCUCCAGCGCCGCUCCCCACACUCUCCCGUAUCAAGAAGAAAGACGACACCGAAAAACAAACCGAGUCUACAGAAGAAGACCCUGUGACAAUUCGCGAUGCUCUCGAGAUUGGGUUACGCAGUGAACAAUCCACAUUCGGAGCGUUGAACGUUUCGCCAUGGCUGGUUGGCUCGCUGACCACUAUGGCCAUUCGACGACCCACGGCCAUUCAGAAAGCAUGUAUCCCGGAGAUCCUGAACGGAAGAGAUUGUAUUGGUGGAAGUCGCACUGGUUCCGGAAAAACAAUGGCUUUUGCAGUUCCUAUCUUACAAAAAUGGGCUGAGGAUCCGUUUGGUAUCUUCGCAUUGGUCUUAACGCCGACAAGAGAGCUUGCUCUUCAGAUUUAUGAGCAAUUCAAGGCCGUCUCUGCACCACAGAGCAUGAAGCCGAUUCUCAUUACGGGUGGCACAGAAAUGCGGCCGCAAGCAAUCGCCCUCGCGCAACGACCACAUGUCGUAAUUGCAACACCAGGACGAUUGGCAGAUCAUAUUAGCACAUCUGGCGAAGACACAAUAGCUGGAUUACGCCGAGUUAAGAUGGUCGUGCUCGAUGAAGCUGAUCGGCUGCUUGCAAGUGGACAGGGCAGCAUGCUCCCGGACGUGGAAACCUGUCUCUCCGUUCUACCACCAUCAUCAGAGCGACAGACCCUUCUCUUCACAGCCACUUUGACCGCCGAAGUACGAGCACUGAAGGAUUUGCCUCGCACAGGCAACAAACCCCCCAUUUUUGUCACCGAGAUCGCCACCGAAAACCAAGGCAACAUCCCACCUACUCUUAAGCAGACUUACGUCAAAGUGCCUAUGACACAUCGUGAAGCGUUCUUGCAUGUCCUGCUGUCUACUGAUGAGAAUAUCUCCAAGCCCGUUAUCAUCUUCUGCAACCAUACCAAGACGGCCGAUCUGCUGGAGCGUACGUUGCGCCGGCUAGGUCACCGUGCCACCUCCCUCCACAGUCUUCUCCCUCAGUCUGAGCGUACUUCUAACCUUGCCCGCUUCCGCGCUGGCGCAGCUCGAGUUCUGGUUGCUACAGAUGUUGCCUCGCGUGGUCUUGAUAUCCCAUCCGUUGCACUGGUGAUUAAUUUCGACGUGCCUCGUAACCCAGAUGAUUAUGUCCACCGUGUUGGUCGUACGGCUCGUGCUGGACGGACUGGUGAAGCCGUCACCAUGGUUGGACAGCGUGAUGUUGAGCUUGUGCUUGCAAUUGAGGAGCGCGUGGGUCGGCAGAUGGAUGAAUACGCCGAGGAGGGUGUCAACCUUGAGAGCCGUGUUGUUCGGACAGGAGUGCUGAAAGAAGUAGGCGCUGCGAAGCGCGAGGCUAUUGGUGAAAUUGGCGAGGGCCGUGAUGUACUGGGACGGAAGAGAAACAAGCUUAAGAAAGUCCGCUAA